CCAGCAAUUUAUUUACAAAAAAUUAAAAUAGUAGUAAAAGUUAUAAUUAUGCAAUCGAUAUCCUUGAUGUUAAAUUUGUCAUAAACUUGACAAAUUUUAAUGUAUAAUAUGCAAAUAGUAAUACAUUUAUAUUCACAUGAACGCUGAGCCGUCAAUGCAUGCCUCGUUUUAUGUACAUCGAAGCUAGAUGAAACGCUGAUCAGUACAUAAAAUAAUUACUGAAGUGUGUCGGAAAGGAUGAUCUAGCACUGUGUGUGUAACAGAUUUUAUACUACUUUUUUCGAUGUUGGAGUGGAUAAACAGUCUUGUUGACAGGUUACAACCUGACUAUUUAAGGCCUGAGGAUUUGGAGAGACUACCAGAAAACGCAUAUGUACCAACACUGUCAGACUUAGUCAUUCCGUCCUUAGUGACAGCAUCAUGUCUUGUUGUGGUGAGACAUGUUCUUGACAGGGUUGUUGUAGCCCCUCUAGGAGCUUAUUUGGGAUUCAAGACAAAGAUAACAGAUGGCCUAACUGAAAACCCGAUUUUAGAAAAAGAAUACAGCAAAUGUAAGACUCCUAAUUCGGACACUAUACAUAUUCUGAAAAAGAAAUGUGAAUUAACAGAACGAGAAAUUUCUAAAUGGUUCCGCAAAAGGCGUCGGAACGACAAAGUCACAGACAUUAAGAAGUUACAAGAUGCAAGUUGGCACUUCAUGUUUUAUUUGAUAAUGUCGUGGUAUGGUUUGUUUAUUCUUUGGGAUAAACCAUGGUUCAAAAAAUCAAUAAAUUGCUGGGUGGAUUGGCCUGCACAGAGUGUUUCUAAUGAUAUAUACUGGUACUAUCUGAUAGAGCUAGGGUUUUAUUUGUCUGCUGUAUAUAUGCUUUUUACAGAUCAUAAGCGUAAAGAUUUUACUGAGUUUAUUAUUCAUCAUGUAGUUACAAUAUUUCUAUUGGUAUUGUCAUUCUCAUACAACUUAUUACGUGCUGGAACUUUGGUGCUAUGUAUACAUGAUCAAGUGGAUUAUCUCUUAGCGAUGGCAAAAAUAGCUAUCUACUGCAAGAAGCCAUUGGUAGCAGAUACAUUGUUUGUAUUAUUUAUACUUGUAUGGAUUAUCACUAGACUUGGUAUUUACCCAUAUGUGAUAUUAUACUCGGUAUAUAUAGAUCUUCCUGUAUAUGCUAGAGAAUUGGGACCAUAUGCAGAAAUGUAUGAUACGUGUACAUUAAUGAAGUUUGUCAAAGGUGCUUUGCUGGUACUUCAAAUUCUUCAUUUAAUAUGGACAGGGUUAAUUAUUAAAAGUGCUGCAGCUAAAUUCACUGCUGGAAAGAUUCAAGAUGCAAGAAGUGAUAACGAAGAAAGUGAAAUCGAAGUUGAUGACAAAAUAGAGGAAAAUGGCAAUUGUAAAACUUUAGACACGGACGGUUUAUGUCAAUGAAAGAAACGGAUAUGUUACUGUGUUUUAUAUUUCUCAGGAAUCCAUCAAACUCACAUAGUCAUGCAUAAUAUAUUUUGUAUAAUCAAGUUAGAUAUAAAAAAAAUGUUUGAAAGUGGUAAUUAGAGCUUUAUUUGAAGGGUCUUUUCGCAGUAGACCAGUAUUAUACUGAUAGAGCUUUAUUUGAAGGUUCUCUUUGAAAUAGACCAGUUUUGUACUGAUACAAAUCUAGGCGUUAAAGGUUGUAGUUUAUUUUUUUAUAUAUAUAAAACUUUGCAUUUAUCGCGUCUUUUUAUUCUAAGUCAAGUAGUCAUUAGUUGGUGCAGUUUUAAUAACUUUUAGCUUGAAAUUUUCAUUUUUGUGAGAUAUUCGAUUUGAAGGAACGUCUUAUAGUUCCGCGGAACUCGUUUUUCCUGACAUAAAGAUAACUGUAUUUUCUUCAUUUUCCUAUUGUGAACAUUCUAAGAAGAAGCAACCUGUUUGGACCUGAUAUUACACACUCUUCAAAUUUUCACCGAAGUUGCAAUUAAUACAACCGUACAUUUAUAAGUUUGAUAUUUGAUAAGCGGUGAAAUAAAAAUUAAAAAAAUGUUUUACUGAACCUGUCACUUCUUUGAUACUGUUGACAUGAUAAUAAAAAGUGAUAUAAAUUAAAGAUGCAUGCCUUUUUAUACUUAUGUAUAUACUGUAUUGUUAUGUAAGGACAUGCUUAAGGUGAUGGCUAGGUUCAGGUGAGACUGGGUCUAGGUUUACGGUGCAGAUUUAGACAUGAUAGGGAAAGUAACAAUACAUUUGACCUCGAGUAUGGCUAAAAAUCUUGCAAAAUAUACUAACAUGUAUACAACCGAACUCUUCAUAUUUUUUUCUUUCUAGUCAUUGCUUAACUUUUUUAAUAAAUUAAAAAUGUUAAAAGUUUAAACUCUUAUUUUACAAAUGAAAUUACAUGUCUGUUAAAAAUAUGUCAUGUUCAACUAUGUGUUAAUAAUCAUGUUUUAAUCAUUAUAUAUUUUUACGAUUAUGUAUAUUUUUUUAUGCAAUUUAGCAUCCAUCUGACACAUG